AUGCUGCUUCGGUACGCCAUCGUCAUCGCCGAUAAGAUAGGUAAGGCCAGCCGAUCGCGGUCUGAGACCUCGAAGGCAAUAUGCGCACUACAGGCUGGGAAAAGUAUGGGCCUCACUGGAACUCCCCUCGAAAACGAUUACGAUGAGGUUCAACCCCCUAUGAAAUGGUCAAGAAUCGAGCCCAGGAACGACAUCAAAGUAUUCAACGACUACUUCGUCACCAAGAAGCCGAAGAAAACCAAGGCCAAACCCCUCAAGGGCGUAAGAAACGCGAUCCUCUCCACCAGCCUACAGGCCUGCUUCGUUCCCCUCGCAAUCGACGACACUUUCAAUAGAGGUCGCCUCGUUGAAUUCUCGCGACACAGCGUGAGAAACACGAGAUUGACACUACCGACGGCCGAGGCGGCCCAUCAGAAAGAGACAAGACCCAUUUGGGGUAAGUAG